ACCUCUUUCCUUUCCUCUUCACCACUAUGUUCUCUGCUGCCCGCUCUUUACGCACUGCCGUGUCACGGUCAGGAAACUAUGCUGGACUCACACGCGCAACAAUUGCGCGCAACAUGAACUCGAAAGCCACAGGUCCUGUCAUUGGCAUUGAUCUCGGAACAACAAAUUCUUGCGUGUCUAUCAUGCAGGGCAAAGAGUCCGUUGUCAUUGAAAACUCGGAAGGCGCACGAACAACGCCUUCGGUAGUUGCAUUCACAAAGCACGGCGAACGUCUCGUCGGUCUUCCCGCUAAACGUCAGGCAGUCGUUAACUCCGCAAACACCGUUUCCGCCUUCAAGCGGUUGAUUGGACGGCAGUUCAAAGAUAAGGAAGUGCAGGAAGACUUAAAACAUUGGCCGUUCAAACUCGUUGCUAAAUCUGAUGGACGGCCGGCUGUAGAGGUGGAAGUCGGUGACAAAAAGCAGCAACUUUCGGCAGAAGAGUUGUCGUCAAUGGUGUUGACCAAGAUGAAGGAGACUGCUCAACAGUACUUGAGCAAGAACGUCAAUCAUGCUGUGAUUACCGUUCCUGCAUACUUCAACGAUGCUCAGAGACAAGCAACGAAGGACGCUGGACAAAUUGCCGGUCUUGAAGUCUUACGGGUCAUCAACGAGCCUACCGCUGCUGCCCUUGCCUACGGUCUUGAUAAACAAGACUCAGCUAUCAUUGCUGUCUAUGACCUUGGAGGAGGAACCUUCGAUAUCUCCAUAUUGGAGAUGCAAAAGGGUGUGUUCGAGGUGAAAUCCACCAAUGGUGAUACCCACCUCGGUGGUGAAGAUUUUGAUAUCUUUCUCAUGAACCACAUCCUCGAGGAAUUCAAGAAGGAGACCGGCAUCGUCCUCACCGGUGAUCGUAUGGCCAUUCAGCGUAUUCGUGAGGCAGCUGAGAAGGCUAAAAUUGAGCUUUCUUCCACUGCUCAAACCGAAAUCAACCUCCCCUUCAUCACUGCAGAUGCGUCUGGACCCAAGCAUGUCAACAUGAAGCUUCUCCGAUCGCAGUUGGAGUCGUUGGUCGCUCCCUUAAUUCAAAGGACCAUUGACCCAUGCAAGAAAGCUCUCGCUGAUGCUGGUGUUAAGGCCAGCGAUAUCAACGAAGUCAUUCUUGUCGGUGGUAUGACUCGUAUGCCCCGUGUUGGAGAGACCGUCAAGUCGGUUUUCGGUCGCGAACCCUCGAAGGGAGUCAACCCUGACGAAGCCGUCGCCAAAGGUGCAGCUAUCCAAGGUGGUGUCCUUGCAGGCAAUGUCACGGAUAUUCUCCUCCUUGAUGUUACCCCUCUUUCCCUCGGUAUUGAAACUCUCGGUGGUAUCAUGACGAAACUUAUCAACCGGAACACGACCAUUCCUACCAAGAAGUCGCAGGUGUUCUCCACUGCUGCCGAUGGACAGAGCGCGAUUGAGGUUAAAAUCUACCAAGGUGAACGUGAGCUUGUUCGUGACAACAAGCUUCUUGGUCAGUUCAACUUGGUUGGCAUCCCCCCCGCGCCGAAAGGUGUCCCUCAAAUCGAGAUCACCUUCGACAUCGAUGCUGACGGUAUCGUGCACGUCAAUGCCAAGGACAAGGCCACUAACAAGGAUCAGUCCAUGACCAUCGCUUCGUCCUCUGGCUUGAGUGACAAGGACAUCGAGCAGAUGGUCUCUGACGCAGAGCAAUUUGCCGAAACCGACAAGGCUCGCCGAAAUCUCAUCGAGGAGGCUAACAAGGCUGAUUCAGUGUGCAGUGAUACUGAGAAAGCAAUGAACGAAUUCAAGGACCAGAUCGAUGCUACUGAGAAGGAGAAGGUUACUAAGCUCAUCACUGAGCUCAGGGACCUCGCUGUCAAAGGACAAGCUGGUGAUGCUUCCGUCACCGCUGAAUCCAUCCGCGAGAAGAUCAACGAGACGCAACAAGCUUCACUAGGCCUUUUCCAGAAGGUGUAUGAAAAGCGUAAUGCUGAGUCAUCAGAAGAAAAGCCCUCGGAGUCUGAGCCCGAGAAGGAGAAGAAGGACUAAAGAGGUCACCAGUCACCAUCCGCAUCUCCCCUCCCUUCAAUUCCCGUGACGACCCUCCUCAUGCUCAUCCUGUGUCCAUCUCACAGCGAUGCAAAUUGGCACGACGCUCCUUACGCCCCUGGUAUGCUAUCUUCCAUGCAGUGCUCACUAGAUGUCGCUUCAGUCAAAAGUACAUUUUGCCUGCUUUUUACUUUAUAUUAUUCAUCAAGCAUGUAGCUCUUAGUAAAUAAGUCGACCUCAACCCCUACUCAAUGUUUUCGGUGCAUAAACUGUUCGUCUUUGACUAAAGAGUAUCAAUUAUGGAUUUAGUUUUGUCGAUCAAGAUGGGUUCAUGCCACCAUGGGCAUAUCCGUCUCGCAAUCCGUACUCAAAAGUUAGCCCCCGAAGGUGCA